AUGGCGGCCAAUUACUGGGAAUCGACCCAGCGGCGGUACUGGCAGUUUACCAAGGAGGAGCUGGCUGCGAUGCGACAGAAGCUCGAGGAUGAGGACCCGAAUCUUGUCCACAUGUAUCCCCUGCCGCAAUUGCGUCACAUUAAUAUCUACUUAAACCGACGUAUGCCCUUCUUCUUCUUCUUCUUCUUCUUGGAUCAUCGUCAAUGUCAUGGGUGGCUAACAGCAUCUCCAACCAUAGAGUUCAACCAUCUUGCCAAGCGCCUCGGUGUACGUCAACAAGCACUGGCAACUGCUCAAGUCUACCUCAAACGAUUCUACACCCGCGUCGAGAUCCGCCGUACGAACCCCUACCUUCUCGUAGCCACCUCCCUUUACCUCGCCUGCAAAAUGGAGGAAUGCCCACAGCACAUCCGGCUCAUCGUCCAAGAAGCUAGAGUUCUAUGGCCAGAAACCUUCCAUGGUCAAGACACCUCGAAACUGGGCGAGUGCGAGUUCUUUCUCAUCUCCGAGAUGAGCUCCCAGUUGAUCGUCCACCAGCCCUACCGGACACUGACCCAACUCCAAGGGGAAUUCAAUCUAACGCCAGAGGAGUCACAAGCGGCAUGGCAGGCCAUCAACGACCACUACAUGACCGACCUCCCCCUUCUAUACCCACCGCACAUCAUCGGACUGACAGCCAUCUUGCUGGCGAUAACAUGUUACAAUCGCCAAAACGCAGCUGGAGGGGCCAAUGCCGCGGGGAACAGUGGAGGGUUGGUAAUGGCAGCUAAUGCUCUAGCACAUGCCCAAGCACAAUCACAAGCCCGGGCGGCGGCGAUGGGAGGCAACAGCGGACCAGGAACGCCAAACCUGACUCCUCAAGGGUCCUUCGCUGGGGGAAACUUCUCCUCUCAGGGGGGUAGAGAGCUCGGGGACGGGUCCAACCCCACUGACCCCAAGAUUGCCAAGAUGCAGCGGUUUACAAACUGGCUUGCGGAGAGCAAUAUCGAUAUUGAGGGGAUGAUUGACUGCACACAGGAGAUCAUCUCGUUUUAUGACUGCCAUGAGCAGUAUGAGGAUUUGGUUGUGAGGGAUAAUAUUAAGAGGUUUAUCAAGGCGAGGGGGCUUGAUAAGUGA